AUGGAAAUCCAGCUCACAUCGAGCAGAUCCAUCCCCAGCAUCCCUCCGUGGACCUUUCCAAGAAUUAGCACUAACACCUCUCUACUGAACUACAGUCAAAAGAAAUCUGAUCCAAUCAUGCUAAAGGCUAUGUUCCAAGAAUUGGAAGCGGGACUCGCAAACCACGUGCAUAUAUACACAGACGGGUCCAAGCCACCAUUCGGAUCCGGAUACGCAAUUGUCAGGAACCAGUCAACCGAAAAAGUUAAACUCCAUCACAAAACACCUAUCUUCCUAUGCGAACUUCAAGCAAUUAAACGCGCCAUCAAAUCAACUUUAACCGACCAAAAUACAAAUUUUGCAAUUUUCUGUGACUCCACAAGCGCCAUCUCAGCAACACAAAAACUAUGGACAAGCAACCCUGUCAUCCAAGAAUGUCAAGAAGCCUACACCAGAUCGAGCCAAAAGAACAACUCAAUAACAGUAAUAUGGAUUCCUUCCCAUAUUGACAUAACCGGCAACGAAAAAGCGGACCGUGCAGCUAAAGAAGCAGCCAACUCAUCCACCCCCAACCACCACGACAACGGCACUCACCUGGAAACGUUACUCUCCAUUCUCAAAGAAAAAAGUAAAAACUGUUGGAACAAAGAGUGGAGCACAUCAACCAAAUCCCGUACAAAAUUAAUCAAAAAUGACUUCUAUGAAAAAUCCAUUACCUGGAAAUUACCCAGACCAGACCAAGUGAGAGUAUCACGAAUCAUUAUAGGCCACACCAAACUGACCCAUCAACACCUCCUCCAAAAAACAGGCCCACCAAUAUGCGAAACAUGCAAAGACCUCCUAACAAUAGAACACAUCAUCAUCCACUGCAGAAAAUAUAUUCCAAUCAGGCAACGGCUCAACAUAAAACCAACCCUAAAGGACAAUCUGAAGGACAACACAUCGACCCAAAAUCUAUUACAGUACCUCAAAAUUACCAAAUUGUACAACAAACUCUAA